CCUUUUUCUUUUGAGAAGAGGGAAGGCGGCGGGGGCGCUUUUGUCACCGCGGAGACUCCGCCCCGCCAAACUUCCGCCAAAGAGGAAGAAACUUAGGGAUCGGGCGCGCUGCGUGCCCUGGCCCUUCUCGGGAGGAGGAGGAGGAGGAGGAGGAGAGAAACCGUGCUGGGGGAUCCCUCCUUGCACGAAAGAAGGUAUUCCAAGUGGCGGAGAAAAGCAGGUCCAUUUCCUCUUGAUGAAUUGUUGAACUGCUUCAUGAGCUGCAAACAUGUCGCUGGUUGACAUCCAGAUGAAAUCAGAGGACCUUUUGCAAAAAGAGCAGCUGGAUGCUGGCGGAUUUGGCAUGGUUUCAUUAUGUUACCACAAGAACCACGGGCUUGUGGUUUUAAAAACAGUGUACACUGGGCCUCAGCGUACAGACUGUAACACUUCCCUUCUAGAAGAAGGCAAGAUUAUGCAAAAGUUAAAUCAUGAUCGCGUGGUCAGGCUGCUGGGUGUCAUUCUGGAAGAUGGCAACUACUCCCUUGUGAUGGAAUAUGUACGCAGAGGAAACCUGAUGUCUGUCCUGAAAGCAACUGCAAUUCCCUUGUCUGUGAAAGGACGCUUCAUCCUAGAGAUCAUUGAAGGGAUGCUUUAUUUAAAUGAACAGGGUUUAGUGCACAAAGACCUCAAACCAGAAAAUAUCCUUGUAGAUGAAGAUUUUCACAUCAAGAUAGCAGACCUUGGUGUUGCCUGCUUCAAAACCUGGAGGAAGCUGACUAAAGAGGAGACGAGCCGCCAGAGGAAAAUCAAGUGCAACUCCAAAAGUAAUGCUGGGACCCUUUUCUACAUGGCCCCUGAGCACUUGCGGGAUAUUAACACUACACCGAUUGAAAAAUCAGAUGUCUACAGCUUCGGCAUCGUCUUGUGGUCCAUUUUUGCUAACAAAGAGCCUUAUGAGAACGCUGUAAAUGACAUGCAUGUGUGCUUCUGUAUCAUUAAUGGAGACAGGCCACAUAAAACAGAAAUUGAAGAAAAUUGCCCAGUUGAGAUCAUUACUUUAAUGGAACAAGCCUGGAAACAAGAACCAAAGCAACGGCCAUCUUUUGCAGAAAUCAAUUUGACAUACAAGCCAUUCUACCAAGAGAAGCUUGAAAAAUACGUUGAAGAUGAUGUGAGAAAGAUAAAAGAAGUGUAUCCUGCACCAUCUGAACUUGUAAAAAGGAUGGAAUCUCUCCAAGUAGAUGCUGUAGCAGAACCACCAAGUAGUGGCCGAACAGAUCUUCCCGGUUCCCUACACAGCUCUCAGGAAACCAGCGCGGUGGAUGAACGCUUCUUUGAGGCUUGCCCACAGAACGAACCUGUAGAGAGCUGUGAACAUGCCUUGGAGCCUUCAACAACCGUAGAGAGGAAACUGCAGGAGGAACUGAACUAUCACGUGUUUGGCAGCCGGAUGGACAGAGCAGAAAGCCACCGUGUGCCAUACAGUGCUGCGGUGCAGGAUACAGAGCGGAAGCGGAGGGUGUUUACCAAGGUGCCUGACCUUCCACCUUCUGAGAAGUUGUACAUCAGACCCAGAAACUCUGGAUCAGUUGUCAAUCCUAGCAGUGCCAGUGCAGGCCCUUAUGGUUAUCCAUGGAAACCUACACAUGCUGCAGCAACUCCAGAAACAGCACAUUUAUCAUUGGAUCCAAAUGGAUUUUAUGGGGCAGGGCCUGCAAAUCUUAAAACACAAAGUGCAGAAGAUCUUUAUAGCUCACAUUCAGCCACUCCCUUCAACAGUAAGCAACCUGUGCCAGAAUCUGGUGUGAAUCAUCACCCUGAGUCACCCAGUCCUUAUCUCAACCCUUACCUCAAGAGCCUAAGUGUUGGACCUGGUGUCGCGGAAUCAACCUCUUUUAGGAAGACGAACUUUGCCCGCAGUCCAUCAUACGGACAUAGCACAGGAGAACCUGCACUAUAUACCAUAAUUAAUAGCUGUGGAAUUCAAAUAGGCUCCUACAACCACUUGAAAAUUAAAGAUCAACCAGAUAUUGCUCCUGCAGAUACUCAGAAUAAUUCUUCAGACUACCAAAAGCUAUUCAACAGCACUGCUCUGGUUUCUGAGAUGCACCUGAAUGUUGCCAGAGAAAACUUGGGGAAGGACUGGAAGCACUUUGCCCGUAAACUGGGUUUCCAUGAUGCAGAGUUGGAUGAAAUUGACCAUGACUAUGAACGGUAUGGACUCAAAGAAAAAGUUUACCAAAUGAUUCAGAAGUGGCUGAUGAGGGAAGGCAGCAAAGGGGCUACUGUGGGUAAGUUGGCCCUAGCCUUCCAUGCUUGCCAUAAGACAGAUCUUCUUAACACCCUUGUGAAAAUAAGCCAGGAGUCUGAAAUGAGUAACAACUGAGAAAUAAAACAGCAGAAUUCUGUGUGUUUGGAAGAACAUUUUCUACUGGGAACAAAUGAACAUUUUGCUUUACCGUAUGUUGACAGUCACGAUGAAUGUUUGUAUGCUACUGCCAGACCGUUCUCUCAAUGCAACCAGGUAUGGAAUCAAUUUUUAUCUUUGUUUUGGCUAAGGCAAUUAAAGUUUGUAUUGCGACCAUACUGCAUGCAUGCAUGCAUGUGUGUACAAAAAUACAUGUAUGUAUAUGGGAACAUGUCAGAUGUAUUAAUUUUGUAUAAUUUUAAUAAAAAUACAUAAAA